CGAAUGUGUUGUAAAAACGAGUGAAUUUGAGGAUUUUUAACAAUGUUGUUUGACGCCAACUCAUCUACUAGAGAUGCUGCUUGCAGCCUGAACUCAGAGGAAUCUGAUGCAUGACACAUUUUAAAACUAUCCACACUGCAGAGCUCUCCACAUGAUUCAUUACGGGACUAAUAAAUGCAGACUUGUGUUAAUCAGUGACGCACUGGAACAUGUAACACUCCUUGUUAGCCUCUCGUCGUCUGUGAGCUGUGAACGCUCAGGGCAGCACAGAGACACGGCACAUGAGUAGUUUUUCUUUUUAAUCAGCAUCAGUGUGACGGAGUUGGAGUGGUUAGAGUUACAGUGGAAGGUCAGGAUCAUAAAUGGAAGCUGCCGAGUGGAAUGUGUAGGUAAAAAUGUCUAGUUAAUAGCAAUGAAACUAUAAAGUAACUAAUUAGUGGCAGUGUUUGGCAUUAAUAUGGAUUUAGAUAUAUCUAAUUAGAACUAUUCGAAUAGUUCAAAUUACCACAGGUUGAGAUUUUUGUUAUUCCAACUUCUAAAGAUGCUCCAGAACAUCUCAUGCUAGUUAAUCUGACUGAGCUGUAAAUUAAUGUAACUCAGUGUUUUUGAAUGAAAAUGGAAACUAUGUGGAUGAAAAGGGCUUCAAUUAAAAAAUAUUACCACUCAGUUGAUGUUAAAUAUAAAAGAACUCUAAAUAAUCUGAUUAAUUCAAUCAGUUUUAGUUUCUAAGUACACUUAAAUCUAAUGUUGUUCCAUGAAUACACACAUCUGCAACAAAUGAACGUGAAUUUAAUUGUCUUUGUACACAUUUGACAGAAUUAGGAUGUUGUUGUUUAGUAAACAUAAAUGGAGCUGGCAUUUAUCCAGAGAAGUAAGAAAAAAGAAUAAGUAGAGAAAGUGUUGUUGUUAUAUAACGGUCGCAAUGAGCCGGGGUGUCCGAGCCGAUCAUUUAUGCAUUUGCAUCAGAAUUGAUCAUCUUUCCAUGCAAGAAAAGACAAUUUAGAGAGAGGAUAAAAUGAGAUAUUCUUAAUAUAACUUUAUGCAUUUAUAGGAAAAAAUAAUGAAAUUAUGGUUGGUAUGUUAGACACGUUUCAAUGUGAAGCAGUAAACAGCAAAGCAGAAACCGCAUUUGCAGAGCUCAGGAGUACCUCAAGGAUGUGUACUCGGUCCUUUUUAGCUUUUCUCUGCUGAAACUCGCUGGAUAAACUUGCUAAAGAUGAAACAAAUAAAAAUGAAACGAAAUAUGGGUGACAUGAGAAAACUAGCACAGGUUUACCUGAGAUAGUAAACAGCAGUCUUCACGUCAGGUUUGCGAAACGACUGUGAUGUGUGUUUUAUACAUUUUUGUUUUACUUUCCCCUUUUUCCCUCAGGUGUGAACAGAUGAGGAGGAGGACUUCUUCCUCAAGGCACAGCAGUCACCAGUGGGAGGAGGCCGACUUUGAAUUGUGUUUUGAAUGUUUUGUUUUGGAUGUUUCCUUUUUGCCGACGAGAGGCACGGGAGGAAGUCGAGGUGACUCUACAGACAAAUAAAGACUAAUGUGGUCAGGGAGCUGCAGACUGUUGUCGGAUCCCAUCUUCUUCACAUGAAUCAACAUGAGUUUGCAUACCUGACCUGACCGCACCUGGAGCUGUCCCCUUUCUCUGAGGUAACAUGGACAAAGUGGUCAUCUGUCUCCUGCUUCUGGGAACGGCACUUACAAUGGUCCAUGCAUGUCCCAAAUACUGUGUCUGCCAGAACCUCUCAGAGUCUCUGGGGACUCUGUGCCCGUCCAAGGGUCUACUCUUCGUUCCACCGGACAUCGAUCGUCGGACCGUAGAGCUCAGACUGGGCGGCAACUUUAUCCUGAAGAUCACCACUCAGGAUUUUGCCAACAUGACGGGUCUGGUGGACCUCACGUUGUCCCGAAACACCAUCGGCAGCAUCCAGCCGUUCUCUUUUAUUGACCUGGAGACGCUGAGAUCCCUGCACUUGGAUAGUAACCGGUUGACUGAACUGGGAACGGACGACCUCCGAGGACUGAUCAACCUGCAGCACCUGAUCCUCAACAAUAAUCAGCUGAAUGAAAUCUCAAAUGCAGCUUUUGAUGACCUUUUUUUGACGCUGGAAGAUUUGGAUUUGUCUUACAAUAACUUGCGCAGUGUGCCUUGGGAAGCCAUCCGCAAGAUGGUGAACCUGCAUCAGAUGAGUCUGGACCAUAAUCUCAUCUCGUUCAUUGCUGAGGGAACUUUUACAGACCUUGAAAAACUAGCUCGCUUGGACCUGACCUCCAACCGCCUCCAGAAGCUCCCUCCAGAUCCCAUUUUUGCACGCUCCCAAAGCAGUGAGAUCAUGAGCACUCCUUAUGCACCUCCGCUUUCUCUAAGCUUUGGUGGAAAUCCGUUGCACUGCAACUGUGAGGUGCUCUGGCUACGACGGCUGGACCGAGAGGAUGAUAUGGAAACCUGUGCUUCUCCAACUAGUCUAAAGGGGCGUUACUUUUGGUCUGUUCGAGAGGAGGAGUUUGUCUGCGAGCCCCCUUUGAUCACUCAGCAUACACACAAACUGCUGGUGCUGGAGGGCCAAACGGCUAGCUUGCGCUGCAAAGCUGUUGGCGAUCCAAUGCCAACUGUGCAUUGGGUGGCUCCAGAUGACCGUUUGAUCAGCAACUCCUCGCGGGCCACUGUGUAUGAAAAUGGCACCUUGGACAUAGCAGUCACCACAUCCAAGGACUACGGCAUCUUUACUUGUAUCGCGGCUAAUGCUGCAGGGGAAUCCACAGCAUCUAUUGAGCUGUCGAUCUUUCAUCUUCCUCACCUGACCAACGGUACAAAUCGUACCAUGCAAUCCAAAUCAGGACUCUCAGACAUCACAAGCUCGACAAAGAUGAGCAAAGGGGAGCCCAAACCUCCUCCGGAGAAGCUGGUGUCUGUGUCCGAGGUGACUGCCGUCUCCGCUCUGGUUAAGUGGACCGUCAGCAAAUCAACUCCAAAGGUGAAAAUGUUUCAGCUUCAGUACAACUGCUCUGAUGAUGAAGUCCUCAUCUACAGGAUGAUUCCCAGGACCCACCGGGCCUUCGCCGUCACUAACCUGGUCCCGGGGAUGCAGUAUGACCUGUGUGUUCUGGCCAUCUGGGACGACACUGCCACCACCCUCACUGCCACCAACAUCGUGGGCUGCGCGCAGUUCAUCACCAGGGACGAGUACCCACAGUGUCAGUCCCUUCACAGCGGCUUCAUGGGCGGCACCAUGAUUCUGGUGAUUGGCGGCAUCAUCGUGGCGACGCUGUUGGUGUUCAUCAUCAUCCUCAUGGUCCGCUACAAAGUCACCAGUGGGAUUCAGACCAGUAAGAUGCCCAGCGUGAGCAACACGUACUCUCAGACCAACGGGGGAGUGAACCGAUUUAACGGCGCCCCGCCUCAAGUCAAGUCCACAGUGGUGGUCAUGCGUGAGGAGAUGGUGGAGUUUAAAUGUGGGUCCCUCCAGAGCAGCCUCUCCUCCUCGUCGUCGUCUUCUAACUCGUUAGAGAGCCAAACGGGAAGAGGCACCGGAGACUGCUACAGUGUUCGGGGCAGCGAGUGCAGCACCAUGCCCGGCGGUAAGUUCAGGAGGCACGGGCACGGCACCAAAGCUCGCCAAAACUUGGACCACCUUUUAGGGGCCUUCACUUCUCUGGAGCUGCGAAGUGCAGCGAAGGAACACCAAGGAGCCUCGGGCUCCUCCGCCGCUCAGAACGCCAUGACGGCGGUAGGCGUGGUGCCACCAUCUGAUAAAGAACCGCUGCUCGGGAGGGCCGAGUCCACCACGAUGCUGGGGCGACUUCUGGGGUUUCCCCAGGAGGGGAAGCCUAAGAGGAGCCACUCGUUUGAUAUGGGUCACGUGGGGACGGCGCAGUGUCGCAGCAGCCAGCCGCGCAGGAUCAGCAACAUCUGGACUAAACGCAGUUUGUCUGUUAAUGGGAUGCUGCUGCAGUACGAUGACAGUGAGGAUGAGAAGCCCACGUUUGAGAGCUCUGAGUGGGUCAUGGAGAGCACGGUUUGAGUCAAGCCUACAAGGCUCACCACCAAACUCUAGAUCCACGUGACAAACUACCCCGAGUACAGAGAGAGGGAGUGUCAACCAUGUGAAUACUGUUGAAAAGACACACAAAUGCUUGGAAAACUGUCCAUAAUCAGAACUCUCUGACACGUUUGCCUAUAUUUGAAAGAUUUCAUUUAAAAUAACUGGAAAAAAUCCUCAUAUGGAAUAACUGUUGCUCCUCAGUCAAAGAGAACGAUAAGAUAUUCAGAGUGGAUUUAUUAUGACUUCAUCAAAGGACCCAAAUGCCGAGAGGAUUUGCCUCGACUCGAGUCGCGAUGUCGUGGACUACAUCCCGACAUGGAACAGCGAGGAGAGGGACCACAGAAGCUCGUAUAGUAGAAAAAGAGUCAUUUUUAUUUUCAUCUGUGUUUUUCUAUCAUUUUUACUAUUUAUUAUUUGAAGUAAUUCAUCAGAAACCUGAAGCGCAUCUUUGUAAUGAGGUCUUAGUUUCCUGCACCAGUCGUACCGACUUGUGGUAACAUUUUAUACGUGUCUGACCAAUUCUCUUUUUUUGUUUUUAAAUCACAAAUUGACAUGAAAUACGCCCCGGAACCACAGCUAACCAGUCUUGUAUUUCUACCUCAGGCGACACAUAUGAGGUUUGUGGCAAGUGGCACCAUCAAAUGCUGAUUAAACCUCCGUAUUCUGUUCUGGAACACCGAGAGGCAACGUUCUGUUUUAUCCAAGUGGGGUUGUCCUGAGCAGUCGGUGUCUAACCUGCAGCAGACGGUGGUUAGGGCUCUCCAAAGCCCGGUUUGCAUCGCAGAUUUCUAAAAUACUCGACAGUUUUCAAAGCAUGAAAGGCCACACACGUGGUGAAAAAAAAAAUCAUGGAUAUACAUGUGGCGUGCGGCAACAUGGCCAAUACUACACACAAUCCAGUUUCACUCACAAACACUCUCGCUCAGACGGGAAAUCUCGUGAGAUUAAAUGCGACUUCAAAGAAAAAAAACCAUGGCUGGGGAGGACCAUGCAGUGCACUUCGGUUGCCUCGCUUUCUGAUUAGCUACGCGUCUCAAUGAACGGGUCUGUCCUCAAAAAUCAGACCAAGACAUUCCAACGUUUUAAAGUCCAGAUUUGUGAUCGGAAUGGUGGCCGAGGAGACCAGAGCUCUCGUAACACACCACACACGGUAGGAUUAUCUGAUAAGAUUAUCUUUAGAGCCUUUGCGACGAUAAGAUUGCCAAAACGGGCGGGGAUCAAAAAUCUGCUUUGUUAGUCUGCCGUGUGAACUGGGAUUAAGGUUAGAGAAUCGUGGUCGAGCUACAAGCUGACGGACCACUUUCUUCAGGUGAAAAAUGAGAAGAUGGUGAAAAAGUUCUUUUGUGUCAGUAACUUAGCUUAAAAGGUGAAACUAAUCUAUGGGACAGACUCGUUCCAUGCAAAGCUAGAAGUUUCAUUUGUUAUGAUCAUGGCUUACAGCUGAUGAAAGCCCCACAUUCCUAAUCUCAGACAACCAGAUUAUUGUAAAAAGGUUCAUUGUUCUAGACUCACAGUGCCACACGCAAAUCAGCGGAUGAAUCCAGAACACCUUGUGAUGGAAUCAGGUGUAACUAAGGGAUCCAAUCGGGGUGCCAGCCAGGUCUCUCUCCUGACAUAUAAGAAAUAAAUACAACUAUCAACAACUUUCCCUCGUAACACUCACCGACGUCACAACACAAAGGAUGUAAACACUUAUCACCCGAACCUGGACUGAAACAAACAAACCCAAAUAAUCUCAUAAGCAUAAGGCAAAAGCGGGUGUGUAUUAAAUCAGAUCGUUUGCAACAACAUAUAUAAUUAUUAAUGGAAACGUCUGAGAGUCACGAUCAGAUACAUUCAGUUCCGUUCAGAUAAUUUCCAAAAGAAAAAUGUACGUCCAUAAUCCACUCGGCAAAAAAAAACAACAACAACAACUAGGAUUAUCGUUUUAGGUUCAGUAUACAGCAGCUGCAGCAAACGCCGCGUCGAUCAGCUGUUUACUCGCGGUACCGCUGAGGACCCGACAGGCCGCUGCUUCGGCGGCUCACCAGAACACACGCUCCCAGCUUCCUCCUCCAGCAGGUCAGAGAGGUCACAUGAGUCCGCUAGCCUCUCCCUAGUCGUUGGUGCGAUAAUCCUUAGUCCAUAACACCGCUUGGCAGCGUCUGAUCGAACUCACUUCCUCCUGCUUCCAGCGUCCUCCAGACAGGUGAGGGAGGACCACUCUCGGGAGGGGCGUGUCUCCUAAUUCACCUCUUAUAGGAGUCAGGCAGACAAAACGAUCAAUAAAACAAUACUCAACGUGAUGCAGCCUUUCUCUUAGGUCACAGAAAUCAGCAACAAAAACAAAGACGAUGACCUCCGAACUGUAUUUCACACAUAUUUAAAUAAUUUAUCAAGUUCAACCAAAGCCGAUAGGCACCAGGUUACAGACAUGGGCUGUUACCACCUGAGCCUUUAGGUGGUCUCUCAGUCUGAGCUGAUGACGAACUUUUGCGCCAGAUUCUCGUUUUUCCAGUUUCGCCUGUUCUUCAUCACAGACAACCCCACUUUUUAAAAUGUAGCCAACCUUCUCCAACCAGCCAAAGCCAGCAUUUGUCCAGCUUUGUGAGUUAUUGAAUUAUCUCCCCGUUGCUUUAGCGUCGUCCCUGUAGGCUAACGGGGGCCGCUGAGUCCAGGUACAAGAUUCAAUCAGCACACAUUACAGCAGCCAAACGGUGUCUGGAAUUCAUCGGGCCCUCUUAAUCGUUGGCCCAGAGCAGCAGCAGCAUGAUGUAUCACCGGGCUGGGAUCCUCACAAACAACAGAGCACGAUCAUCACUCAUUUAGCCAGGUUAAACGGAGGAAUUUGUCAUUUAUUGGCUGGAUAAAGGUCAGCGUGCUGCUUUUGAUGGGAUGUUCAAUGGAAAUAAGGGACAGAAAAAAGUUAUGAGGAGCCAAUAAGCUGGAUUCUGUUUCAGCAGAUUGCAUAACACAAAAUCCUUUUACUUCUUUUUCUGCUUUUAUUUUGCCUCCUUUCGUACCGAGCUGCAGCGCUGCAGAUUGAAUGAGUCACUCUUCAGAUCACUGCCUCCAAUCAGCUGCAACAUCCCUGCAUCUUAACGCCUUCCUCAGUAUUACGUGGGACUCUGCUACUCUUCAGAAACACUGACUGAUUGAGUUUGUUGUUUUUCUCCCCUCCUACGGUAGAUGUGCUGUUCUGUAUAUUGGCAUAUUUUUUGUACAAUAUCUGGGUGAGAAUGUAAAUGGGCGGGGAGCGUGCAGUAGUACUUUUAUUUUUAUGUCAAGCAAACAGUGAGAAGGUGCGUUACUGUGGUGUACCAACAAGGUCGUCGUUAGUCGGCUUACAGAAAUGGGAUUUUCCACGGAGCUGCAAGCAUGGAGAGAAGGAGCUGAAACUCCUAAACGAACGAUUCACUCAGACGGGCAAAGUGCAAAUGUCCAAAAACACCUCUUGAUGACGCCGCUGUGGCUUUUAGUGGCCUGCAGGUUCAAACAGACAUUUAAUAUUUAAACUGUACACGUUUUUAGACUUUUAAACAUCUAUCCUUAAGCUUCCAUUCACACAUAAACCUGAAGUUUUACAUCUAAGAAAUUUAAAAAUGUUUCACUAUUAAAGGAGACGUCAGGCAAAACUCUUCUUUUUCAUCCUUUUGUGUUGCCAUAUGGGUCUCUUCAGCUUCUAUUAACACUCCAAAUAAAGAAAAUAUGUGCCUAAAACAAAAUAUCCCCGUUUGUGACAUCACAACUGAAACAGCUCAUUCUGGAAGGUACUGAAAAAUUCUAAACUAUGGCCGUUUCUCAAUGCGCAUACUUGUCUGUACUUGUACUCACGUCCUAAGGACUGUUCCAAUCCUGAGUAUGCAUCAUGGCAAGCUCACUCAAAUUUCCCGAAUGCGUUCUUGCUCGACCGAUUGUAUCGAGGAUGCAUCAAUACAUCCUUUUGCCCACUUGGGACAGCAGUUUCCCAUAAUGCAUUGCGUCGCAACAGUCAGAGGAGAAAUCUAAUAACUGUAGUUUUAUAUCAGAAAUACUAAUAAAGAAAUAUUAAGUUGCCUGUUAUUGUAAAUAAAUAUGUGUAACUGGUCAAAUCUGCUGUGUGUAUUUGAAAUUAACUUUGCACAAUCCCUCAAAUCGCUAGUCCACUAUCAAAAUAAAAGCACAGUAGCUCUGGUUUGAUGAAAACACUUUUUAACUCGUUUAACAGCUGAAAAUGUUGGUAUUUUAUCAGUUUUGAUCAACAGUGGACCAAAUAUAAUACAAUUAAUGUUUAUGUGGUUAUUUUGUUAAGGAACAAGAAAGACUUUUAUUUUCAUGUCAGCUCGUUUGAGCGUAGCUAGAAACGAGCAGCGCUUGUUGCCAUGACGCAACGGAUUACGGCUCUGUUCGGAACGCCGUCCUCGUCCUCCCGUACUCGGCAGAACGGACUUUCUGGAGUCCUUGCCAAGAACAUACUUGUCUAGUACACUAGAAUGUACUUGUGUCCUUGAGAAUCGGCCUAAAUCUGUGUUCUGAGGAUUAUUUUCUACUCAAAUCUCCAAACGUUGUUAUUUUAGACUUAAAAUCAUUUGCAUCAAUAAUCUAGAAGAUUUACCAGAAGUUUCUGUUUGCCUUGAUCUAUUUCAAAAGGCGGCUGAAGAUUUAGAUUUAAUCAAACGUAAGCAAAAUUGUUUUGCAUUGAAUUCAUAAACCUCUCAAACUUUUUUGCAAAGAAGUCUUUUCACUUAUAAACAAUAAACAGAAGGACAUUCUCCCAUGUUUGUGCCGUGAAGACACACUUUAGCAGCAGCAACAGUGUUUUAACACGUUUUCGUGAAUUAAGAUGGAACUUUUAAAAAAGCAGGCUAAUAAAACCAAAGGCGGUUUCUUUUAUUGAUCAUUUUGAAUCGAUCGAUCGGCUGUUUUUGGCUCCGUGUAAAAUCUCAAAGGUCUGCUGAUUAACUCUAAAUUUAAAUGUGUAUUUGACUCGACAUAGACGUGAUUCUCACCUGACGUUCAACAACAAAACCGAGAAAUCAAGACGUGUUUAUGUGAAAACAUUUUGCUACAAAAGAAUAUAAAAUAUUGAUGAAUUCCUAUGAUCCAAA